GGCGGUGACUGGCUGAUGCAAGAAAAGAGGAUGGACAGGAUGAAGGUGCAGGUCGCUGUCCUAUUGGCCAUGGGCCUAGUUGGCAUUGCUGCCUGGAAAAGCAAGACCCUGCAGCAUAGUGAAUUCAUGGAGACCUGCGACUUUGAGAAGCUGGAUGGCCCAGAUUCCGAGUUCUGCCAAGGGGAUUUACAAGUUUUCUACCCAGAACUGGGGGACAUUGGCUGCACCUACAUUCCCAAGUGCCAUCAGUACAGGAAACGGAUCACCAAGGAGUGGAGAAACCCCGAGAUUAAAUAUCCACAAGCUGAGAAGAAUAAGAACUACGUGCUGAUUAUGGCUGAUCCAGACGCCCCGAGCAGAUCUGAUCCGAAGUUCCGCUUCUGGAGGCACUGGCUUGUCAUUGACAUAAAAGGCUCUGAUCUGAGGGCUGGACGUCUGAAAGGCCAUGUGCUAACAGACUACGUCCGCCCCACGCCUCCAUCCCGGAGUGGCUACCAUCGCUAUCAGUUCCGCCUGUAUGAACAGCCAGCUUAUGAGGCCAUCUCCCUCAGUCCAGAGGAAGCAGCAUCCUUGGGUUCCUGGCCACUGGAGCGGUUUGUUGAGCAGUUUCGACUUGGAUCCCCUGUGGCUUCGACCCAGUUCCUCACCCAGCACCACAAUGACUAGGAGCAGCGUCAAAGUGUGAGGCCAAACCCAGAGCCUCCCUGCUCACUGCUUGGCUUUAGUGGUGGUGAGCUCAUGUCUCCCGCAUCUCCCGCAAAGAGCUACACUCCCAAGGACCCCCGCUCAGCCUCUGUCUCAAGAAAGAAAUGCUCGUCCCAAUCCUAUUAGUAACACCUGGCCUUGACAUGACUGGGCCCUCCAGUCGGUUGCUUCCCAUUACAGCAGGGUCUUUCCUGGCCUAAACAUAGAGUAUUUCUUGCCUUAUAGUGUUUUUGCUGCUGCUCAUAGUUGCAAUCAAAAUAAAAGAGCUAGCACUGGCUUUAAUUGCA